AUGAAUCUACCGGAACUGAAAGGUUAUUUAAGCAAGAAAUCGCGUCACGAUCGAUGGCAGCGUCGCUACUUUGAAGCCACGACACAUUAUUUAACGUACUACAAGAACCGAGAGAGUGACAAGCUGUUGGCGUGCAUUGAUCUGUGGCGCACGCAAACCAUUGACUUUGUCCCCACGGACAGCAAUAGACUCGAGUUCUCUAUCGCCAUUGGUGACCAAUCGUAUCUACUCAAGGCAGAUAGUCAGAAUGAUGCCAUGCGGUGGGUUCACGGACUCCAUGCAAGGCAGCACCGAUCCGAGGGUACACCUUCUGAAGUCUUUAGUCUGCGAAGCGAGCACAUGGACGCAGAGAGUGACGCGUCUUCAAGCGAGUACGGUGGCCGACGUCCUCGAAACGUAUCUUUGGACAACGGCUCCGUCUCAGGAAGUCGUCAUUCAUCCAUCUCCUUGUCCUACGCCGAAGCACAAAACCCUGUGGUCCCGAACGCCAAUGCCAUUGCGAGGCAGUCGUUGUCGCAUGCAGACGCGCCAAAUUCGGUGGUUCUGAACGCUAAUGUUAUUGCUAAAGCGUCGAUCUCACACGCGGAAGCUAAGGAUUAUAUUGUCUCGAGUACUUCUGCUACAACUAAAUAUCCAAUGGUGAACACCAAUCAACAGGUCGCGCGUUCAAUGGUCGCGACGGCUGCUGGAAAGACACAGGAUGACAGCAGUACUGCUAACGUGCAGUGCUGUGCACCAUGCUUGAUUAUGUAA